CACAGUAGUAGCGCGUGAGGUCCACGGCCGCAGCAGAGGGGUCGCGCAACGGCAAACAGACUGGCGCUUUAAACCCACAUCAACGGGGUUUCCCGUUUAAAGCACUGUAAUUACCAGGAGUCGGAUUAGCGAAGUGAGAUUAAUCACUCCAGCUAAGCGAUCCGUUGUUGCCGGCAGCCACUGAUCCGAUCAGGGAAUAAGUCACCGAAUCAGGAAGCAAAAUGGUUCAGAAUAAGAUCGCAGCUGUAAAUGGAUUCCAUCGCUCUUUCAAGGGCCAAAAUCCUUUCGAAACGGAAGAGUUCUCCAAAACCGGAUCCCGCUUUCUUGAUCCCGCUUUCAAUUUCGAUUGCUCCACUCGCCCCGACAUGCCAUCCAGCCAGCCGAUUGACAUACCCGACGCCAAGAAAAGAAACAAGAAGAAAAAGAGGUGCAGAGCGACUGAUAGCUUCUCGGGGCGGUUUGAGGACGUCUAUAAGCUGCAGGACGAAGUGUUAGGAGAGGGAGCUUAUGCAAAAGUGCAAACCUGCAUCAACCAAAUCACGCACAAGGAAUACGCUGUGAAGAUCAUCGAGAAGAGACCAGGACAUAGUCGAAGUCGUGUAUUCAGGGAAGUGGAGAUGCUGUAUCAGUGCCAGGGCCACAGAAACAUCCUGGAGCUUGUGGAGUUUUUUGAGGAGGAGGAUAAGUUUUACCUGGUGUUUGAGAAGCUGAGGGGAGGCUCCGUCUUGACUCACAUUCACAGAAGGAGGCACUUCAGCGAACAGGAAGCGAGCAUUGUGGUGCAGGACAUCGCAAGCGCUCUGGAUUUUCUGCACAACAAAGGAAUGGCCCACAGAGACCUCAAGCCUGAAAACAUCUUAUGUGAACAUGAAGACAGGAUUUCACCAGUGAAAAUUUGUGAUUUCGACUUGGGCAGUGGAAUCAAACUGAACAGCGACAGCUCGCCCAUCUCGACUCCAGAGCUUCUCACACCGUGUGGUUCUGCCGAAUACAUGGCUCCCGAAGUGGUGGAGGCAUUCAACGAGGAAGCCACCAUCUACGAUAAACGCUGUGACCUGUGGAGCCUGGGCGUCAUCCUGUACAUCAUGCUAAGUGGCUAUCCUCCCUUUGUGGGCCGCUGUGGAGGCGACUGUGGCUGGGAGAACGGCGAGCCUUGUCACGCUUGCCAGAACACGCUGUUUGAGAGUAUCCAGGAGGGCAAAUAUGAGUUUCCUGAGAAAGAGUGGGCUCAUAUCUCCUGGAGUGCCAAAGACCUCAUCUCCAAACUGUUGGUCCGGGACGCGAAGAACCGGCUCAGCGCCGCUCAGGUUCUGCAGCACCCGUGGGUGCUAGGGGGUGCUCCUGAUUCGAUCCCAGCCUCCAUCCUGCUUCAGAGGAACAGCAGCGCCAAGGACCUAACGUUCUUUGCUGGAAAGGCGAUUGCUGUGAACCGGCAGCUCGCGGAGCAGGACGACCUGGAAGCACAGCGGCAGGAAGAGCCGUCUCCUCAGGUGGUGACAGCAGGCGCGUGCUCCAUGCGUCUCUCGCCACCAUCCAACUCCAAACUGGCCAAACGGAGGCAGAGGAGGAGCGCCACGAAGGGGGCGCCGGUGUCUGCCUCCGAGCUCACCCAGCUCCUCGCGCCACUCGUCCUUAUCGGAGACUGCGCCUGAGGGACGUUUCAGCUCUUCAAACUGCUGGACAGUCGUUUAAAAACGUGUUUAUUUUUAAGUCUCUGCCGCCCUUUCGUUUCAUUCAUGUGUCCCUUUGUGUAGCCUCGUUAAAGGAGUACCUCAUCGAAGAAAUGCGAUCAAACCUUCGGGUGAAGUAUUUCCUGUAUGCAAAACAAGCACGUCUGAGGCUCGUCCCAAACCUGGUCGCAGUGGCAUCGGUCCUUCCUUUUCAUCCUCAGGCUCCUUCAGCACCCAGCGGGACAGAUAAGCAGACGGGUACACACACGCACCCCUUAAAUUUAAAAGGCAGGACAGUUUGAAGCCAGCCGCUCAAGACACCAAAGGACUGACACCCAUAGAAACCCCUCCCGUCCUCAGCUGCUUCCACUUUUACAACUGGAUUCACUGUGAAUAUUUUUUUUCCUUCCCCCCCCAACCACCCCCCAUGAGAAGACUUUCAGGAAUGUCCAGGAGGCAGAACGUGUACGUGCCCCAUCGUCAGUACUAAGAUCCUUCACGCUUUAUGCAAUUCCUAAUGAUUUCAUCACUCGAGCUGUCGGACUUCUGAGGGAUUUUUCUGUGCUGCCAGUGCCUCGCCUCACCUCACCUCCAUUAGUGUUUCAAAGCCAAUGAAUUCCUGUCAUCAGCAGACAAAACUCCAGACACUCUUACAGCAUUAAACUCGAUGUCUGUUAUUCAGGAUUGGUCUCUUCUACCAAAUUAAAUAAAGCACUUAACAUUUUUUUUCUUUCUUUCUUUUUUCAAAUCGGUGCCAGUUGUGCAUAUUUGACAGCAUUUUCUCCAAAAAAGUGCACUUUGAGAACUCUCCCUCCUCCAUAAUCUCAAACCUGACCUAAAUUUUGCCCCCCCCCCCCCCCCCCUCCCCAUUUUUUUAAUUUAUUUUUUUUAUUUUUAAAGCCAUUUACUUCUCAGAUUUGUCUUCUCUGAUGGUUUAAUCGGCAUGCGGGAAAUCUCCAAAUCGACGACCACCACCCCCGAGAUCUUGAGUAAACUUGUGACUUUGAGCUGACGGGUAGAGCGAUGAUCGAGAUCCACACAAGCAAAUGAGUUAGUGGUUAAGUGCACACUGGGUGGGAUGAUCACGUGGUUAUGCAAGCACAGGUUUGUUUGUGACUAAACAAACUCCAGCUGGUCAUGGAAUAAGGCUUUUUGGGGGGGAAAUCUCUUCAGUUUGGUACAGCCUGAAGGUACAGUGGCUUUUUUUUUUUUUUUUUUUUUAAAUAUAAAUAACUGUUACCUCAUAGGCGCAGCCAAACACGUUAAACAUUGGCAACCUGUUUCGGGGGGGGGAGAUGGAGAGAUGUUUGUUAGUUAAAAAUUAAGGAAAGUGAAUGGAAGCAUUCCAGGAAAAAAAAAAAAGUUGGAAAAACUUAAAGAAAAAAAGUCUUCCAAGGCAAUGUAGCUGUGUGAAAAGGUUUUUUUUUUUGUUUGUUUGUUUACUUGAUUUUUUUUUUGUGUGUAACUCCAUUUGAAUAUUGAAACUGUGCCACACUGAUGUUUUAAGUUUUUUUUUAUUAUUAUUACUGUUCGUUCUUGUAUCUACAUCUUCAAGCAGGUGCUCUUCAAAUGUUCAGGUUGAAACAGCAGAUUUUUCUUAGUUCCUCUAUCCAAUCUGUUCUUUCUUUAAAUUUAUUAUUUUUUAAAUAUAAAAGUAUUCAUGUGAUGUAUUGCUGGUGCAGAAGGUGGGGUAUAUAUUGUGUGAAAGUUUUUUUUUUUUUUUUUUUUUACAAAUAUAAACAAUUUGAAGUGGAAAAAGAAAAGGCAAUAUUUUACUACUUUCAGUGGUUUUCAUCGGGGUGGACAAAUCCUAAAUUCAUUAGCAAGCAAGCCAAGCCAGACGUGAACCUAACUGACGAGGCUGAAAAGUGUAAUGUCACGACUUAAUGCGGCUAGCUAAGUGCGUUAAUACGGAUACGAACGAAUAAAUUGCAUAGAACACGACUCUGCCGUUUUCCUUUUCUAAGGAAACAUCUCUUGGGGGGGAAAUGGUCAACAACAAAUGUUUCAGCGAUGAGCCGUGGCAUUCUGUCCUCGCAUCGAGUCUGGCUUAGGUGUUGAUCUUCUGCAAACAUCAGUAGGAUGUUUUUAAUUUCUUUAGGAGAAAUUUAAAAAAAAAAACACUGCCUAGUCUACUGAGCAUUUUUCCAUCAGGUGACUAUGAAUUAAAAAAAAAAGACCUAAUAGUAUAUAAUCAUCUUGUUCUGGGUUCAGCUUGUCCACCUCGUUACCUUGUCGGUAAUGUCUAUUUCAGGUUAGUUUGCUUCAUGUUUGUUUUUAUUAAAUUUUUUUUUUUAUCCUGCAUAACUUUGACCCGGAACACAGGAUUGUGCUGGAGGGAUGUUUGGCAAAGGAAGUGAGCGCAUCUUUCGAGUCUAGAUGCAUGUGUACAUUACAUUGAUGGAUUGGAGGAACUUGUCUGAUGGGUUGUGCUUGUUUUCAGGCGUUAGUCACUGAUGAAGGCAAAAAAAAAAAAUCCCAUCCACACAUGUAAUCCUGUUGAAUGUUCAGCUCAGUGGUGCGUUUUCUUUCGUAGGUUACAAAACGACAAACAAACGGCACUUGAGCCUAUUAGUUGAGAAUAGGACACUGAUUGUAAUUUUUUUUAUAUAUAUUUCUACAUUUGCAUCUUUUGUGGAGGUUUUAUGUCUUAUAGUAAGACUUACUUGAAUUGUAUAUGCAGCGGUUUUCUCACAUUUUGCUCGGGAAACUACCUUUAUUAUAUCUGUACACAAAGCUGUUCAUCAGAUAAGGCAACCCCCUGGUUUGGAGAAUCAUUUCGACCCUUGUCGAAUCAGUAUUGAACCCGCCUGUUGUGUAAUUCUCCUCGGCUUGUUUUUACUGCAGAGGCUUUGCUUUCGUUCAAAAACAAAGGUGGCUUGGAUUCAGACGUCAACAAGCAGAUAAGGCGAGAGCCACCUUUUUUUUUUUUUUUCCUCCCCCCCCUUCCCCUCUCCCUUCUCCAAAUCCAGAAGUUAAGGACUGCCUUGUAUUAGAGUUGAGGAUGAGUUUUAAUCCUCACGUUUCUUUACUUCCGUUUUGUUGUGAAAAAGAUCCGAGGAACAGCAUUAUUUCUAACAGCUGUACUUGUAGCAAUGGGAUGUUGGAGUUCAACCCGAUUUUUCCCAGGUGAAUUUAAUCUUCUAGGGGAUAAUAAAUGCUUUUUAUUUUCCUCUCUGUUAAAUUGGUUUCCAUGUUAAUGUGACCUGAAGGUUGGAAAAACUCGUGUAUUCAGCACUGUCUGAUUUCUGACUUUUUUUUUUUUUCCCUCCCCCCACAACCCAAAUGACUCAUGGGGGGGAGAAUCCAAACUGCAGGGUUAUUUCCACGAAGUGGGAUUUCUCGGUUAGACGAAGGAGUGGUUUUAUUUAGGAGGACUGUCCCUCAUCUCCUGUUGGUCAGUCUCGCUUAACUGAGAGAGCUCACUUCCUGAAAUAAUCCCUGCCCUGGGUUUCCUCUUGGGAUGACGACAAACCGUAGAAGCACUUUACUGUACCGUGUGGCUGAUUUCAGUUCACUCAAAGCAAGACAUAUGACUUGUUGCAGGAUUUUGUAUUGUUUUCUAAUGAAAAGAAACAAUAAAACGCUUUGAACCACAAA